AUAAUGUUUUAUUUUAUUUCAUUUCUUUUAUAACCAUAUUUAUUGUCACAGAUAAUACAAAUGUGAUAAAAAUAAAUGAAAUACAUUUGACAUAGUGUUAUGCAUAGAAAUAUUUCAUUAAUGUUGUAAUAUAUAAUACCAAUACCUUUCACUUUAAAGUUCAUGACAUUCUCACAAAUAAUUUCCUCAUUCAUUUUUAUAGAACAUUUAUUGAACAUUUGUAUAAAUCACAAUCAAUAAAAUAAUUAAUAAGGGAAUUUUAUUAUAUAUUUUUAUUAAUUUUCGUAUAUAUAACAUGAUAAAUAGAUAUAAAAUAUUAAAAUAAUUUUGAAUUAAAUAAUGUAGAUAUAUAAUAUAUAAUAAUUAGAUAUAUAAAAUAUUAAAAUAAUAUAGUAGUUGUUGAAAGAUGAUAAAAAUAAACAUGUUAUAGAAUAAUCAUUUUGAAAAAUUUGAAAUUAUACUAUUUUAUUUUAUUUUAUAAUAAUAGUUUCUUGUAUUAUACAGUCAUAUCAUAUAAUUGCUACUAUUCUUCAAUAUUUGUUACAUAAAUAGUUGAUAAAUUGAUAAAAUUAUUAACUUAAGCAUAUUUUUUUAAAAAUUAUCUAUAUAGGUUGUAAGAUUUUUAUAAUAAAUAUCUUAUUUAUUUUAUGUAUUUCAUUAUAUUAUUGAAAAUAUCAUGUAUUUAUUUUAAAAAAGAAUACGAAAUGUUUUUUUUAAGAAUUUUGUUUUUCUAUAAUUGUUUUAAUAUCUAAAAUGAUUUAAUCUUUAUUCUAUAUAAUUUUUUCUCUCAGACAACUUUCGAUCAGUUCGAUGCAGUCUCAUUCAAAUGUAGACUUAGAUAAAAAUAUAAUUUUUUAAUAUAUCAUACAACACUAGUGAUUUCAAUAUACUAUGUACUUCAUGUGUUAUAACCUUAGUGUGAAAUUUAAAUAAAUUGUUUAUUUUUAUCAAUUAUAAUUUUCUUAUAUGUAAUUUUUUUUUAUUUUUUGUAUGUUACAAUAUAUUUAUUGUUUAAUUAAAUAUAACAAUUGUUAGUCAAAUUUUUGUAUCAAAAUACUACAUUGAUUAUUGAAAUUAACUAAAACUUGAUUUUAGUGUUAGAUUACUAUUUAAAAAAUGUUUCAAACAAAAUCUAUAUUAUUUUAUAUUAUAUUUUUUUUAUUUUUAAUGUUGUUUCUUUUAUUCUACAUACUUGGAAUUGUUCGUUAUAUUACGGAUUUUGAAGAAAAUACUUGCGAUAUGACAUAUAUGUUUGAAUAUCCACAAUAUGUGAGAAUCUCCUUAAAUAAUGAAAUAGAAGAACGAUACCCAAGAUAUGGAUUAUAUGCAUAUGGAGAAGGUUUUGUUACUGAAAAACUUAGAAGAAUGUACUUCUCAGGAAUACCUGUACUUUUUAUACCUGGCAAUCUUGGAUCUCAUGAGCAAGUAAGAUCUCUUGCUUCUGUCAGUUUGAGAAAAAGUUUAAAAGAUAGGACUCCAUUUCAUUUUGAUUAUUUUACUGUUUCAAUAGGCAAAGAUUAUUCUGCUUUAUAUGGAGGUGUAUUGAUUGAAGAAACAAUGUAUGUUUCAUAUUGUAUACAAAAAAUAUUAAGUUUAUAUAAAUCUAAAAUAGAUAACAUUGUGCUUAUAGGACAUUCAAUGGGAGGUAUUAUAGCUAAAGGUUCUGUUUUGAUGACUCCAAAUAUAAAUGCUAGUGUUGCAAGUAUUAUUAUUACUUUAGCUACUCCUCAUACACCUACAUUAGCAUUGGACUAUACUUUUGUUAAUUAUUAUAAAAAUUUAGAAAAACGCUUAAAUGAUAUAAAAGAUGCAGGAAUAAAUGUGAUAUCAAUAGGAGGUGGACCACGAGAUACACUCAUAACAUCAACACAAAUUUUAGAUCCUACAGCAGAUAUUAAUGUUAUUUCUAAUGUUAUACCAGAUGUUUGGAAAUCUGUAGAUCAUCUUAGUAUUUUAUGGUGUAAACAAUUAGUAUUAUCUAUUGUGCAUUCAUUAUUUGAUUCUGUUAAUUAUGCUCAAAAACCACCUAAAAUAUUUUCUACAACUAAUGAAAGAAUGCAAGCAUUAUCAUAUCAUUUUUAUCAUCGUACUUCUGGAAAAAGAUUAUAUUUUUAUAAAGAAAUAAUACAAUUUGAAACUGAUGGUGAAUGGAUAGAGAAUAUUCAAAGACAUUAUACAUGGAGUAAUAAAAAUUCAUUUAAAAAAACAUCUUCUAUUUAUCUUAUGAUUAGAUUAAGUGGACAACCAGAUUAUUUAACUAUUGAUACUAAAAAUUUAGAAUCUAAAGAUUGGUUAUUUGCAUGUACAGCAUCUAAUAUACAAGGACAAUCAAGAAUUUGCAAUUGGGGUUGGAACUUGACAAAUAAAACAAGAAUUUUAUCAGAUCCUUUACACCGUAUAAGAAAAACUGUUGAUUUAAAUUUGCAAGAGAUAAAAUAUCCUGGUGUAACACAUAUUGUAAUAAGAAUUACACCAGAAAAUUUAGAAAAAUAUGUUACAAUAAAUGUAGAUUUAUAUUCUUAUGAUACAAGAUUUAUAUUUAUUAAGAAUAAUCUAUUUUUAUUGAAAAAUUUAUUUAUUUUACCUCAAAUAAAAAAAUCUCAUCCUGGACAUAUUAGAUAUUAUGCUAGUUUUGAUAAUUUUGUAGAUGUUAUUGCUGUUGAACUUAAAGCAUCUGGAUGUACGGAUCCAAAACAUGCAAUUGUUGAAUUAAUAGAACCAUGGAGUAUUGGAGUUACACAAAUUCAAUUUUUUACAGUUAUAGAUAAUGGACCAAAAAUGAUGAAAAUUCAAACUAAAAAUAAGUAUUCUAAUAUUUCUCCAAAUUUAAGAAUAACUCUAGAUCCUGCAUGUUCAUAUGUAAUUAAUAUUCAAAAAGGUGGAAUUAUAGAUCAAAUAUCUUGUAUUGUAAGAGAUCGCUGGUAUUUAUUGUAUACAACAAUUAUUAGUUUACUUUUGUUAUUUUUGUCUACAAGAAUCAAUCAUGGCCAUAAUCAAACUCCAAUAAUAAUAAUUACGAUAUUUCUGUCGUUUUGUUAUAAUUUAAUAUUUGAAUGUUUAAUUGCUUUGGCAAUUAUUUGUGUAUUUACUAUUGGACUCUGCUGUUGCAUUAUAUUCUUUGGCUCAGUAGCUCAUAAUAUUGCUGUGAGAUUUCUAGCACGUGUAAUAACUUUUUCAACAACAUGGUCAGAUUGGCUGCUUGGAGGAUUAAAUCAAUUACCAUUUAUUACUACAAUUCUUGUUUUAUCUUUAAUUCCAGCAACAUGUGGAGCUUUAGCUAUGUUAAUUUCUAUUUUUCUUUAUUUUUUAAAUUUGACGAAAAUGUAUGAAGAUUAUUUAGAAGAACUUUUAAUGGCUUCAUUACAACAUUUUAAUUGGAUAAGACACUUUAGAAGUACAAAAGAUAAUUCUGAAGAUACAAGACAAAAAAUAUUCAAUCAUCUUAUUUUUUUUAUACUUUGGUGUUUUACUGCUAUUCCAGCUGUACCAUCUGUACUUGUUUGGGCAAAAAAUUUCAGUUACAAUAUGAAACUUUCUUCGGAAGAUUCUUUAUUACUUCAAAGCUGGAUAAUUUUAGUAACAUGUAGUACAAUGGGAUGGGUGCAGCUUCCUUCUAAUAAUCAUAAAAGUCGAUCUCAAAUAUUAUCAAGUAUAUUAUGUUUUUUAGGUUGGGUAGUACUUUUAAUGGGAGCAGCACCUCAUCCACCUUUUUAUCAAUAUUGUAUACCACCUAUUGUAGCAGGAACUAUUAGUAUUAUUGCAUUAAAUUUCAUUUUUUCUUAGAAUAUUAUUUAUUUAAAAUAAUACUUUAAUCUAAUUUUCCUGUUUACAUCAGUUUUAUGUACAUCUAAAUUGUAUAUAUUGUGUUUGUAUAAAAAUAUUUAUAUUUAGAAUAUGUAUAAUAAUAUAAUAAUUAUAUUGAAAUUUAUUCCAUUAAA